UCACUAAUCAGCAAACACCAAACAGGGUAGACAAAGCUGAGCAAGAACAACAAUUUCAUCCUCUGAGAUUUGUGCUGACACGCAAUUAAUAAUUAAAUAAAUAAAUUCAUACACUACUUCUCCAUACCCCCACUUCCAUUAUUGCGUCUCCUACAAUUUUCAUAAUUGAGUGGCUGAAGCUGAAACACACUGUUUAUUUGGUUGAAAAAUGGAAGAGGAGCUGAAAUUCUUCUAGUCUCUUGAUUUUCGGGGAGAUGGGUAGAGCGAUCUCUGUUUUAUUGCAGCCUCGAUGGCUUCUCAUCUUUCUUGGGGUUUUAGCUGUUACCUUUAUUGCAUCCUACAUCUUCCAAAAGGAACAUGAAGAGGUGGACGAAGUGUAUGAAAUUACCCACAGAGUAUUCUUGGAUGUUGAUAUAGAUAAACAACGUGUAGGAAGAAUUGUAAUAGGAUUAUAUGGGCAAGUUGUACCAAAAACUGUUGAGAAUUUCAGGGCAUUGUGCACAGGGGAAAUGGGCAAGACUGCUGAUGGAGUAUCUCUUCACUACAAGGGAAAGCCAUUUCAUCGUAUAAUACCAGGAUUCAUGAUUCAAGGUGGAGAUAUUGUGUCUGGUAACGGAAGGGGAAACAUUUCCAUUUAUGGAGGUCCCUUUCCUGACGAGAAUCUCAAGAUAAAGCAUUCUCAUGCAGGUGUUGUAUCCAUGGUGAACUCAGGACGCAACUCCAAUGGUUGUCAGUUCUUUAUACCAACAGUGAAGGCAAGCUGGUUGGACGGGGAGCAUGUUGUAUUCGGCAAAGUUAUUGAAGGUAUGGACACAGUAUAUGCAAUAGAGGGUGGAGCAGGAACUUACAGCGGAAAACCUAGAAAAAAGGUGAUUAUUGCGGACUCCGGCGAAAUACCCAAGAACAAGUGGGAUGAAGACAGCCAGAGUUCAACUUCAUAAACAUCGUCAAAGUUUUGAAGUUACUAACCAGCCUUGUAUACAUUCGACGCGUAUUUUCUUGUGUAUUUACAAGCUUAAUUUAUGUGGUGGUAAUUAUGAGGUCCUGUUCGAUUUCAUUAACCUUACGGAUAAGAGUGUUUUUUAUUCCUAGAACUGGCUGUGAAUUACGGAUAAGAGUGUUUUUUAUUCCUAGAACUGGCUGUGAAUAUUUUUGGUUUUGUAGAGGAAUUGAACUGAGCCUAUGCUUUUUCUUUA